UCUCUACUCGAGUAGCUAGAGCUCCCCUUUUUUGCUCCAACGCGGCCCAACGCGGCCAAAGGAUAUCCUCCUCGAGAACCUCGAGAACUCUGGGGGGAGCGCCUCGCUGAACAGCGGCACGCCCCUUGCGCAUCCUCUGAAACUUCCGCGAUGGCUUCUAAGGUUGACCCCGAGCUCACCACGCCCACUGACUGGGCGGAAGGCCUUCCCGCCGAGGUCCUCGCCCACUUGCUCGAGCGCGUCUCGCUGCGCACGCUCGCGGGCUCGUGUGCCGCGGUGUGCACCUCGUGGCGGCAGGCCUGCGAUGACGAGGCUUUCUGGUGCGAGCUCUGCCGCCGGGUGUGGCGCGUGCAUGCGCGUCCGCCUGCGCGCUCGAAGCUGAUCUUCCGGACGUGCCUCGCGGAGUACACAUCGAUGACGGCGCAAAGGAUGUACUCGGAGCCGACGUGGCUGCGCACUGUGGACGCGUCGGAGGUGACGCCGCCGCGGACGGCGCUGGACUACUACAAGACAGGUCAUGUAUACGAAGCGGCGGUCGAGCAGCAGGUCGAGCGAGACUUCGAGGCGCUGUCCGCGGCGGAGCGCGCCCCCUUCGAGGCGAAGGAGUCGGCGGACCUGCAGCGGCACGGGACGGAAUGGAGGGCGGCGAGGCAGGGCAACACAUUCGCGUGGACGGGCGACGGCUCCCAGAGCGAGGGCGACCAAACGGUCGGCGUCGCCAUCGGGGGCAGCGGCCCUCGCCGCUGGCCGCACUGGCACGUGACGUCUCCUUCGGGCUUCGAGGUGAUGUACUACGAGGUCGAGGUGGUCGAUCCGGGCGAGCACGGCUACAUCGCAGUCGGAUGGGCGCAGGCGGGCUUCGAGCGCAAGUGCAAGCAGCCCGGCUGGACUGGCUCGUCGUUUGGCUAUCACGGCGACGACGGCGGCGCCUACAGCGGCUCCGGCUUCCCGCGCCGCUUCGGCCCAAAGUUCAACCGCGCGGGCGCUGUCGUCGGGACGGGCCUCAUUCGCCCUCUUGGAUCGGGGGCGGUGGCGCCAAAGAUCUUCUUCACGCUCGACGGCGAGCUGGUCGGCACGCCCUUCUCGACCGACGAGGCGGACGAGGGCGCAAAGCCCCUCGCCGGCGCAGAGCGGCGGCUCCGCCCGUGCGUCGGGCUGCACUCGGCGGGCGAGCGGGUGCGCAUCAACUGGGGCGGCUCGGCGGCGGCCCUUCUCGAGGCGGCGCCGCUCCAGCCUCCGGACGCGUUCCGCUUCGACCUCGCCGCGUACAUCUCCGCCCUCUGGCCGAGCGGCAGGCUGCCGGCGGAGGGGAGCGGCGAGGGGCGGGUGUGGAAGGCGAUCGCCGCGCCGCCGCCGUCGACGUCGUCCCUGCCGCGCGCGCUGCUUCCGAUGCUCGACAUGCUGCCGUGGGCCGUGCAGGCCAUCUUCGUGCUCGUGCUCAAGGCGGAGCCCUCCGUCGACGAGCUGGACGAGCUCCGCCACUUCGCCGCGAUGCACUUUGGCGGCGAGGACGGCACACUGCACCCCUCGUGGGGCGCGCGGACGGUGCGCGAGCUGCCCGUCGACGCGCUGCGCCACUUGGUGCGCAUGCUCAUCGAGCACACGGCGCAGUUGCGGGAGGAUGAGGACGACGACGACGACGACGACGAGGAGGAGGAGGAGGAGGAGGACGAGGGCGAGGGCGAAGAUGAGUAGAUCGACCUUUGCCUUUGGUUGAGGAGGACACUUAUCAGUCAAGCCGAAGUUGUUUUUUGUUGUGCGGUGGUGGAGGCGAGAAUUCUUUUGUUCACCUAGUAUUUGUUCUUUCCUCGC